AUGGCCCCCACCACAAUCCUCCCACCGCCCAACCUCCCGCCCAUCACCGCAACCCCCCUCACGCCCGCCGCCUUCCACCCCUUCGGCAGCGUGAUCCAACGCCCUCCCCCCACCACCUCCACCACCACCACCACCACCACCACCACCAGCACCCCCACAACCGUAAACCAAGGCACAGCCCAAAAGCACCCCAAAGUCUCCGUCAUCACCACCACCCAGCCCCCCAGCGGCACCCCCGCGCCCAUCAACAUCAACAUCUUCGUCUGCGCCCCACGCACGCUCUCCGGCCCCGCGCGCAACACAUUCGCAUGCACCAUCCUCGAGCGGCACCCGUACAGCUCGCAGUCCUUCAUCCCGCUCGCCCUCCCGCCGUGCGCCGAUAACGACACGGCGUCGCGGUACCUGGUUAUUGUUGCGCCGACGCUGCGCGAUGUCGAGGGGGCGCCGCCGGAUCUGGAGGGGUUGAGGGCGUUUGUGUGUUCGGGGGUGCAGGGAGUGACGUAUGCGGCGGGGACGUGGCAUGCGCCGAUGGUGGCGCUGGGGGAGGUGGAGGUGCAGUUUGCGGUGGUGGUGGCGGAGAAUGGCGUUGAGGGGGAGGAUACGCAGGAGGUGGGGAUUGCGGGUGGCGGGGUGGGGGUUGUGGUGGUGGGCGUGGGGGAGGGGGUGGGGGGGUUGUGGGGGAGGACGAAGGCGAGGUUUUAG